AUGGAGCAACGAGAUUGGGCGAAUUUAGAAGCGUUCGCUCUCGAUUUAAUUCUAGACAAGUUGGAAGAACGUAUAGAUCAUGUUUGGUUCGGCGUCGUGUGCAAGAAUUGGUGCUCAGUUGCAAAGCUUAAUCAUCAAAACAAGCAAUUUAGAUCUAGUGUUCUCCCUAUGCUAAUGAUCCGGAUAAGAAGACCAAGAAGAAGAAGAGGAUUCAAGACAUGUUUGUUUAGCAUUCCGGGUAAUAGAGUCUACCCUUUCCGAUUGCCGCGAAUGCUUUCUAAUAAGAUGAUUAUUAUUUGUGGCUCUAGCCAGGGUUGGCUAGCAACGGUAUAUGAGGCUUCUAUCCGAUCAAGGUGUGCUAAUAGUAGUCAUGUCAUAACUCUAAUCAAUCCUUUUAAGAAUGUAGCUCCCAUCGCUCUGCCACCGUUGCUUCCUCUAAAGGAAGCAGUAACUAGGGUUGUUUUGUCCGUUGACCCCUUAACAAACCCUAAUGACUAUGUCAUUGCUGUAAUUCAUCAUAACUAUCAUAGUUGUCGGCUUGCAUUCAUGAGAGCAGGUCAAAAAUUCUGGACUAAGGUAGAGAAAAGUAAUUUGUUCUACAGAGAUAUUACAUUUUACAAAGGUCUACUAUAUGCUGUGUGUAGCAUGAAUACCAUUGUGUCCUUCAAUCUUUACCUGUUUGGAAGGAAGAAGAUUACUCCCAAUAUCAUCUAUAAAGAUAAUGAGAAUGAAUUAACAGAAACACCUGAGCGAGUUUAUAUUGUGGAAUCAUUAGAAGGAGACCUUUGGAUGGUGAGAAGAUUUCCGGAGGGUUUUGACGUAUAUAAGUUGGAAUUAGAUGGACAAACUGGCAAGGUUUUGCAAAUGUUGAAACUGGAUAAUUUGGGAGACAAUGUUUUGUUUGUAGGUGAUGAUAGCGCUUCAACAGUUGUGUCGUUUUCCUGUUUCUCUAAUUCUCUGCAAAAGGAUUCAAUUUACUACCAUGAUGAUCAUCGUCAUGAUCCAAUAAUUUUUGACCUUGAUGACCCAUUAGAUUUAAGGGUCUAUAAUGUAAAGGAGGGAAGAUUUAUUCGACAUUAUCCUUUCAACCCUUCCUUCAGGCGUGUGUCACCUUCGUUAUGGAUUCUACCACCAUUACAAUAG